UAUUUGUGGUCUUAGGUAUCUUGUUUUCAGUUUAAGAGUUUACAGAAAAGAGGGCUCACGUUUAUUAUCGAGUUAAUAAACCUAAUAAAACAAGUGGAGGUAAUCCACAAAGUCCAUGCCAAACCACAUCGGUAUUAAAAGAAACCUACAAUCAGUCUGCUGUUUUUGUAGUGGCAGACUAAUCCAGCUAUCCCUCUGGAAAGUUUUAAACAUAAGCCAAAGUCCUGCGGGUUCACCGGUUUCAGAAGCAGGCGGUGGACUGUGACAACCAAUGUUAAUUCCCCAAACUUUUCUGCCAGACUUGCAGGCGAAAGCUCGACGUUUGAAGGUGCCACGGAAGUCCUGGAAGCGCCCGUUGCCCGGUUUGAACAGGUUGCUUGCCUAAAGCUGGCUCUUUUCCGCUCCUUCCCUAAUCGGCCCGAAAGGCUCUUAAGCAAAUGAAGACAGCUGCGUCCGUCGUCCGUCGAGGAAGUGUUGCUCAGCUGAGCCUCCGCGCUGAGGAAAUAGUUGGGGCUGCGAGGGAGAAAAUGAGGAAGCGAGCGCUCCACUCAUCCUGAACCGGGACUUCAGAGGCGCCUAGCAGGCGUGGGCAGAAAAAAGCCGAGGCGUCGUGUCAAGAAGCGCGCCGAUUUGGGAGCUGAAGCUGGAAGGGGUUGGUGGGGGUGGGGUGGGCGAAACCUCGCCGCCGAGAUCCUGAAGGCGCAAACCGACGAGGAUCUCCCUUGCGAGCGCAAAUUCAUUCCCUCCCUCCGCUGCAAAGGCAGGGGCUGGUGAGGAGACGCCCCUGUCGGAGGUUCCCACCACCCGUCGGUUUCUCAAGUGUAAUAUAGCCUCAAAAGCAGACAAGUAAAGAGAAGUAGUGGGAGAAAAAUGGCAAGUUCUGAUUCUGUUAGCCACCUAUCCUAUUUUUUUGGCAACAUCACACGUGAAGAAGCUGAAGAUUACCUGUUGCAUGAAGGACUAAACAACGGACUGUACUUGCUGCGACAGAGCCGAAACUAUCUGGGUGGUUUUGCUUUAUCUCUGGCAAACUGUGGAAAGGUUUAUCAUUAUACCAUUGAGAGGCAAAUUAAUGGCACUUAUGCUAUUACUGGAGGGAAAUCUCACCGGAGUCCUGUGGAACUCAUCGACUACCACUCAGAUGAAAUUGAUGGUCUCGUGUGUUUACUCAGGAAACCAUGUAAUCGGCCGCCAGGAGUGGAACCAAAAACAAGUCAAUUUGAGGACUUGAAGGAAAAUCUAAUCAAAGAAUACGUUAAACAAACCUGGAAUUUAUCUGGACCUGCCCUUGAGCAAGCAAUUAUUAGUCAGAAACCGCAACUGGAGAAACUAAUUGCUACAACUGCACACUUGAAAAUGCCCUGGUUCCAUGGAAUGAUAUCUCGGGAGGAUUCAGAGCAACGGCUACUUCUGGGUACAAAGGUCAAUGGGAAAUUUUUGAUUAGGGAAAGAGAUAACAGUGGAUCCUAUGCUCUUUGUUUACUCAAUGAAGGCAAGGUAGCACAUUAUCGCAUUGAUAAAGACAAGAGAGGAAAACUUUCAAUACCAGCUGGAAAGAAAUUUGAUACUUUAUGUCAGCUAGUGGAACAUUAUUCCUACAAAGCAGAUGGACUUCUAAGAAUAAUCACAGAGCCCGUUAAAGAUCCAGCUUUUCAGUCAAGAAAUAAUACAUUACCCCCAAAUGUUUCUAAGCCUCGCAACUCCACGACUUGGUCAACAGGUGGACUUAUCACCAGAAUCAAAUCAUACACUUUCCCAAAGCCAGGAAGCCAAAAGACUUCUUUCUCUGUUCGUGGCCAGAGAGAUGAUUCUGCACUACUUGCAAUGUUUAACAAUUAUGCGCCCUCUUGGGCAAAACGAGGUGAACACAGGGAACCUUUGCCUAUGGAUACAGAAGUUUAUGAAAGUCCAUAUGCAGAUCCAGAAGAAGUAAAAGCUAAAAAUGUCACUCUUGACCGAAAUUUACUGACUUUGGAAGAAAAAGAACUUGGUUCUGGUAAUUUUGGUACAGUAAAAAAAGGCACUUAUGAAAUGAAAAAAGGAAAGAAAAUUGUGGCUGUGAAAAUUCUCAAAAAUGAAAGCAAUGAUCCAGCAAUAAAAGAUGAACUCCUAAGAGAAGCAAAUGUAAUGCAACAACUUGAUAACCCAUAUAUUGUCCGAAUGAUUGGCAUAUGUGAAGCUGAAUCUUGGAUGUUGGUAAUGGAAAUGGCUGAGCUUGGCCCCUUGAAUAAAUAUUUGCUAAAACAUGGAGAUGUCACAGAAAAGAACCUAAUAGAGCUGGUGCAUCAAGUUUCCAUGGGAAUGAAAUAUUUGGAGGAAAAUAAUUUUGUACAUAGAGAUUUAGCUGCAAGAAAUGUGCUUCUGGUUACACAACAUUAUGCCAAAAUCAGUGACUUUGGACUUUCAAAAGCUCUUGGCUCUAAUGAUUAUUACAAGGCAGAACAUCAUGGCAAAUGGCCAGUUAAAUGGUAUGCUCCAGAAUGCAUGAACUUCUUCAAAUUUUCUAGCAAGAGUGAUGUUUGGAGUUUUGGCGUGUUAAUGUGGGAGACGUUUUCCUAUGGUCAAAAGCCAUAUAAGGGUAUGAAAGGAAUUGACGUUGCUCAGAUGAUUGAAAGAGGUGAACGAUUGGAAUGUCCAGUGGGUUGCUCGUCUGAUAUCUAUGAAUUAAUGAAAUUGUGUUGGACAUAUAAUGUUGAUGAUCGGCCAUCAUUUUUUACUGUUGAAUUAAAGUUACGCAACUACUACUAUGACAUUGCUCAAUAAGUAUACAGUGGAAUUACAAUGAAGACGUCCCGAGACACAGAUACAAAAGUUGACUUUUCAAAUAAGUUGCAGAAAUACCAAAAUGCACUCCAGAAGUAUCAUUGUGAAAAGACCAUUGCAGUAGAAUUACCUUGCUACUUUUAAAAACUUGCUAGUUUCUAUGGUAAUAUUUUUAAAGUGAGCUUAUUAGAUGUUCAAAGAUCUGGCAUUAAUUAUACUUGCUUAAGUCUAUUUUAAAAAUGGGUUUUGUUCAGUUGCUUUUUGUCUUGCUGUUCAAAUGAACCAUCUUUUAUGAUAUCAAAAGAACACUUGUAUUUUCUUCAUUGUUGCUGUUAAGAGAAUCGGAUACUUUCACUUUUGAAUACUCAGAGCAGAGAUUGGUUUUAAAUUAGAAAUGAGCCAAUAAAGUUAGAAAUCAUAAAUCAUAGCUUUAAAACAUAUGGCAUAUAUGUGCAAAACAAAACCUAUAUCUCCACUUCUGUCUUGGUAUGUAUUAUUUGGAAAAAUAUAAACAUCUAUAAAAAAAUGGCAAAUUGUUUCAUAUAGUAACAACAGAUCCCUAUUAUUGUUUUAAUCUUUAAAUUAAAUAAUAAAAGUUAAAAAAAUAAGUAUAGAUGAAUUAACAGCACUUAACCUCAAUCUGUUGUGUCAUAUAAUCAAAACACUGAUAGGCGCUGAGAACCCCAUCUAUUUAUAUUAAAACCUUAAUUGUUUAAUUAGGUGUUAUUGAGUCAGGCUUAUUUCCUGGGGUAUUGCUCAGUAUUUCAAUUUAUUUCCAACAAUAACCCAUAACUCUUCCUAAGACAAUCAUGCAAAAUUUUCUUUUAUCCUCUCCUUCUACCUUAUCCUUUAUCCACCCUCUCUUUCAUUUCUCCAUCUUGACAAAGAAAGUUUGUUUCAAAGUUUGUGAAUUUUACCUUACUGAUUGUUGCCUCAAAAAGACAGUGAGCCUUUAUUUGGCUCAGGACUGAAUAAUCAUUUUUGCCAGGUAUUCUUACUGUCUUUAGAUCCAUCAUCUGAACUUGAUUCUCUCAUUCUUUCUCAGUAUCAAUAUGCAGUAUAUUAUGGAAAGAUCAUUGCUUUAACUAUUCUGAUCACAGUUGUCAUCAAAUAUUCUUUUGUAAAAUAUCCUUCAGUGAGGGUGUUUACCCACUUGCAUCUAACAAUAAUACAAACAUAUUUUAGCAACUUCUUUAUACUACGUGUUCCCAUAAUGUCUUCAUCUUGCUCCCAGCCCACUCAUUAGACAGGCUUAAGUUGUUCUCAGCCAUUAUCAAAGCAAUGCUUUCUCUCUUAUAGGAAGCGGAACCCCUUAGUUACCCCAAAGUGUGUAAAAUCUUAGAUGCUUCAUGGACUAUUCUGUCAGCAGCACAGUCAGGUGACUUCUAGAGGGUAGGAUCAGCUUCAAGUUACCACAGUUACACAUUUCCCUUCGGUACCUUCUGUCACCAUUCUCUUUUCUUAGCCUUUGGCAGAAAGCACUGGGCAUAGUUGUUCCAGACCCAGCAAUUUCAUCAAGAAUUUAAUAAAUUGUGAAGGUUCUCCAAUCCAGGAAUUGGAUUGGCAAUGGGACAAUAUAUUUUAUGCCAAUAUUGAUUUCUGCUGACUCAAACAUAGCCACUUGAAUUAGGCCUUAGAGGAGGGCCAUCUUUUCCACAGCAUUUAUUCCUAAGAUGAAUGUUUUCUUUACUCAUUACUUUUACUUUACUUUGUGAACCCAAAAGCUGACUUGCCAUCUACCAUCUUCAUGACCAGCUGUAAGCUCAUGAUAUUAGCUUGUGAUCAUGAGGUGAUGUUAUUUAUGAGGUGACUAGAAAUCCUUCCAUGGCUGGUGACCAAGAUGUUUAGAUAACAAAUAUCUGCAAGUAACCAAAACUUUCUCAGCUCAGGCAUGGAGAAACUGUUACUGAACUGAUUCACAUAAUAAGAGUUUCUAAUACUGCAUUAGUGGGCAAUAGUACUAUUGUGCUUUUUUGUAAUUUCUGUAAUAGAGAGCUGUCAGAAAAAGAACUAGAAUGUUCAUGCCUUAGCAUCUGAAUUUAAGUUUCUUGAAAUGUUUCUAGUAAACAGCCAUCUUGCCUUAUUCUCAGAACAAUAUUAAGUGUUCAGACAGUAGGGUAUAUCCGACUAUACAUGCUUCCCCUGUUAGCUUAAUAUCUGGCAGUGAAAUAUAUUCUUCUACCAAUGUUCUAUCCAAGGAUGCUGCAGAAGAUGGCAGCCUCUUGUGGGCAUUACAAGGAGAAUAAAGGCGAAUUCUUUUGCAUGUGUGCUUACAGAAUAUAAGUGUAAUUUUAGAUGUCCCCUAUUAUCUUAUUCAGAGAACCAGUUUGGUGUAAUGCAGUGCUUCUCAAAUAGUGGGGCGGGCCCCCCAGGGGGGGCGCGAGGCUCCGUAAAGGGGGGCGCGUUUGACCUCGGCAAACACUGUCAUAACAAGCUAAGCCCCGUGUUUACAGUCGCGUGGGGGGCGCGAAAAAUGUUUUCUUCUUCCUAGGGGGGCAUGACAGAAAAUAAUUGAGAAGCACUGGUGUAAUGGUUAAGGCACCUGGCUAGAAAAGAGGAGACAAUGUAUAUGAAGCCUUACCUUGGGCCAAUUGCUCUCUCUCAACCCUAAGGAAAAAGGAAGAGCAAACCACUUCCAAAAAAACUUUGCCAAGGAAACUGCAGGGACUUCUCCAGGUAGUCUCUGAGAAUCAGACAGGAUCAAACAGAAGAAAAAAUACACACCUUAGUGUGUAACUAUCUUACAUUUAUGUAAUCCUGCAUUUUUUUCUUACCACAGAAAGCCCACUAAAAGGGGAAAGUUUGACUAACACCACAAAACAUCUGAUUGAUAGUAUUAGCAAACUUUUUUUUAAAAAAAACAUCAUUAUUGGCUGAGCAUUUAAUGAUUUAUGUAUUGCUUAUGAUGAAUAAGUCCCUAAACAACUCUUGAUCAAUUGUAUUUUCUGUAUGUUUUUAAAAAUGUUAUUAGUUUUUAAUUUUAUCCCUGAAGACAUCUGGUAUAUGUAGCCAUACAUCCUAUCAUGAAGAUUUAAGAACUACAGUAAUAUAAACUAAAUUAUGCAAUAGAAAUGUAUAUUAUUUCAAAUAACUCGACAUAAAGCAUUUUCACUUUAAUUUAUUUUUAAAUCUCUUUAGGCAUAAAGAAAAAUAUUUGGUAAUAAUAGAAUUGAAUAACUAAUACUUAAUUAUCAUUUGUUAAUUUUAUAUACAUUCACAAGAUCUUAUUUUAUCUGUUUCUAUGGUAAAUAUAUUUGUAAUGAGGCAGAUGAAUUCAAACCCACCUGAGAAUAACAGAUAUCGUCAUAGUAAUAAGAUGAGUGUAUCUAUUUAAAAAUUCUGAUGCAUUUCCUGAAUGAGAAAUAGUAUGUGUAGAUAAAGAUUUCCCAUCUCUGAUUAGACAUCCAUUAUCACAAUCUGUCAACAGCAAACUGUCACAACCAUCAACAAUACAGACUUUUUAAAAGCUGAUGUACCUAUCAAAAUUGAAGGUGAGGCCUUUUAAUAUCUUUUGUACCUAUUUUAAACACCUUAAAAUAUUGUUUCUCUUGUUUGUAAUAAACCAUUGGAGAUAAAUGUGUGGCUGACAAGGGUGACUGAAACCAUUAAAAGACAAUUUACUGACUAUACAUAGUUUAUACAAAACAAAACUCCUCUUUAUUUAAGCCCAUACACCUUGAAUUCCUUGGAGCUUCCAAACAUACUUAAAAGGGUUGAUUUUUAAUUGCCUCUUUAGACUUCUUUGUGGGUUGAAGGAAAAAUGGGCUUCCAUUUCUAGAAAUGAUUCAAUAGGGAAACAAUACAACUCCCUUUAUUUUGAUUUUAUUGCCAGAGGGGAAAAAAGAAGCAUAGCAAAUAAACAUUCAGAAUCUCAUCACCAACUACUUACUGGAAUGCUUUCUGAGAGGCUUUCAAUAUAAAUGUGUACAAAAGAGAGAGCUGCUAUAAUCUUUCCCUCAUCUCUCUUGAAUGUAGAGGAUUAGUUCUUUUGACACAUAAAACUUUUGUAUAAAGAAUGCCUGUGAAAUGUGAGAAAAUAAAAAAAAACACCAGCCAAAAUAAAGGAUACAUCACAAUGCAAUUUAAUACAUUCAGACAUUUAAGCCUUGAUAUUC